AAUAGCCGCAAGGCUUAAGAGGAGGGGUGAGAAAAAGUCGUAUAAAAGGCGAGAGAAAAGAUGACAGGGACCAGUCGAGUGAGGAUCUCCGUCACGGCGUGAACUGCCGUGCACUAGUCGUCAACAACUGUCUUCUUCAUCGUACAAUUAAUUCGCAAUCAUGGUUUGUAAUUGUCUAGUUGAUUAUGGCGUCUUGCUGCCGUUGGGUGUUGUAUCGUUGAUAGCUGGGUCGACCACCGGUGUGCUGAUGACUCCUGGGUAUGGCGGAUAUCAAACUGCAACGCCGCCUUAACUACACAAGCAGUUACUACUACGAGCCCCCCAAGUACUACACCACCAAGGCUCCAUAUUAUUACACCACAACUCAUGCUGUCCUGAGUUACUACACCGAAUCUCCGCAGUAUUAUUCUUCCCCGAGCCACACUACCAAAGAGUCGAGUACUACACUAAGGCACCGGAGUACUGCACCAACAAGGCGCCGGAGUACUACACAACUAUGUAUACUGCCCCAGCUUACUACACCGAGGCUCCCAAGUACUACACUACCCAGGACCGGGGUACUGCUCACCUACAUAUCAUGGUCGUAUCAAAGGAGAGAAGGAAAUAGAAAUCAGUCGAUUGGUCAUCUCAUCUACGACACGGCAACAACUGCAGUGAGUGCACUGCAGACCAUUCGUCAUCAACUGCAUUCUUCAUCGUACUAUCAGUUCGCAAUCAUGGUUUACUGUCUAGUUAACUAUGGCGUCGUGCUGCUGUUGCAUGUCAUAUUGUUUAUGGUUGGAUCGACGGGCAUGAAGAUUUCUCCGGGUAUGACGGGCAUGAAGAUUUCUCUGGGUAUGACGAGCAUCAACAAAAACAUACGAAACAACCGGUUACUACAGAGACCCCCAAGUACUACACCACCAGGGCUCCAGAAGAACACCAUAAUUUAUGCUGCCCCGAGCUACUACGCUGAAUGCUCAUUAUUAUUCUUCCCCUAGCUACACUACCAACGAGAUAAGUACUGCACCGAGGCUCCGAAUUACUAAUACACCAUACACCAUACAUACACCAUCAAGGCACCGGAGUACCACCAAACUACAUAUGCUGCGGCAGCUUGCUACACCGAGGCUUUAGCUACUACACCGAGGCUCCAGCUACUGCAAUGCACCGAGCUUCACAACCACGACUGAUGCGGUAAAGUAUUACGUAGCCACAUCUUUCUACUCAACCGCUGCCUACACUGCCCCUUCGUAUUACGUUGAACCGAAAUACUGCACCGAAGCUCCAGUUUACUACAUCACAUCCUACGCUAUACCCAGCUACUACACCGGAUCUCUGAAGUAUUACUCUGCCCAUAGUAACUACACCACUAAGGCACCUGAAUAUUACACCACAACCUACGCUUUCCAGAUUGCUAGAAGAAAGUUUCUAUAUACCAGAGCUGAAAUUGUGAAUAUGUUGGUGUACAGAUUUUCUACCAUAUCAUAAUAGUUACUAGUCAUUGGAAAUUGUUAUUGUUCUUUAAUGAGAAAAUAAAUUUUUUCA